GUGCAUCCGAAAUUCUACUUCAGAUCCCAUUUUACGCCAAUAUAUUCAAUCACAGACAUAUACACGCAUGCUCUUAUCACCAAAACAAUCAGCACCACGCGCGGUCGUCUCGAAAGUCGACUAUUUAUUUCGUCUUCUUAAGUUAAGCAAACUUAGUCGUCGCAGGACUAUGAUAUCAACCACUAUCAUUUGCAAGCUCAGCAUUUUAACACAAAUAGUUCAAGCCUACAGCACAGCAUGCAGCUGCUGGUCGCCUUCGUUUUGGCCUUCAGCGCAUCCAUGCUAACAACUGGCGAUGCGGCGCGUAUUCUUGGUUUCUUCUCAUCACCCGGCCGCUCGCACCUGCUCAUCCAUUGCGCCGUGGCGGACACACUAGCGCGUGCUGGGCACAAUGUUACCGUUAUUGCAACCAAGCCAAAUGUUUACCCAGACGCCAAAUACAAUUACAUACACCUCGAUACGCUAAUGCUGUCGGUUAAUUACAUGAAUAAAUUGGUUAACAAUCCGCCACCAUUCUACAAACUGUACCCGGGAUUGGUGCUCGAAUCCACGCAGAUGGCAAACAGAACAAUGUGGCAUCCAGAAAUGCAACAGUUCUUGCGGGAGCAUGGUGAGGGCUCCUUCGACCUGCUGCUGUUGGGUUAUUUUAUCAACGAUUUUCAUGUGGGGCUGGGCAGUCACUUUAAGUGUCCGGUUAUUAUUUCAUUCAUGGUACAAACAGUAUUUUCGCUUAACGAAAUGAUCGGAAAUCCUAGUGAACACGCCUACGUGCCGACUUUGUUUAGUGGCCUAAGUCAACCAAUGGACUUUCGGGCGCGUUUAAGGAAUUACCUCAUAUACCUAUUUGAAUACUACUACAUGGGACCAUUACUAGAGAGAGAGGUGCAGAAGUACUACAGUUACAACUUUCCCACUGCGCAUGGAUUUCCUAGUUUAGAUGAAGCGCGUCGCAAUGUCGGUUUGGUCUUCAUCAAUCACUGGUUUGCACAAGGGCCAAUACGGCCGCAAGUGCCCAACCUCAUAGAAAUCGGUGGCAUACAAAUCAAGGAACAGCCAGAUCCCUUGCCCCCAGACAUUGCGCGUCUACUUGACGAGUCACCCGAAGGUGUAAUCUAUUUUAGCUUGGGCAGCAACAUACGCAGUGCCCAUUUGCUUCCGGGCAAAGCACAAAUAAUGUUCAAUGUGAUGUCCAAGCUCCCUUAUAAAGUGCUUUGGAAUUGGGCUGACAACGAAUACCCGGGCAAUGCUUCGAAUAUUGUGUACAAAAGCUGGCUACCGCAGGUCGACAUACUCGCACAUCCCAACUUCAAACUUUUCAUCACACAUGGUGGCAAAGGCAGUGUGGUAGAAGCGCAGCAUUUUGGUGUGCCCAUGGUGGGCAUACCGCUCUACGGCGAUCAGCCAAUGAAUAUGGAGGAUGUGCAAAAACAGGGUUACGGGCUUUAUGUGGACUAUGCCAAUUUGAAGGAAGAAACUUUGCGACAAGCAAUUGAAGAAGUGCUGCACAAUCCCAAGUACACAAAAGCGGUGCGUGACUUCUCGAAACUGUACCGCGAUCGUCCUAUGACACCAAGACAGUCUGUUGUCUGGUGGGUUGAUUAUGUGCUGAGACACAAGGGGGCGAAGCACAUGCAGUCGCCUGCGGUGCAUUUAAAUCGUUGGCAGUUGAUGUCGUUGGACGUGUUGGGCGUAUUGUUAGCAUCCAUGGCGGUGAUCGUAGGUUUAUUGGUAGUGAUAGUGAGAUUUUUUGUUGAAAAAGGAAUGAAGCGUGUGGGAGAGAAGAAGAGUAGCGCAAUGAAUGGAGUAGGUAAGGCGAAGAAGAACAAAUAGAAGAGAAUAGAGAGGAAAUCAGAGCUAAUAGAAGGAAAUACAUUUUCGCAACUUACUCUAGUCCUUAGGAAAUAUUUCAGGAAAAAUAUUUAUAUAAAUAAAUAAAAUGUAAAAGUAA